GACUCCUUGAGUGAUCGAAUCAGUGAGUUUGGAUUCCGUAUUCACGGUUCAGAAGGCGAAGAGGAAGAAGAGGAGGAAGACGAUGAAGUGGACGAUUACGAAUUUCCCGAGGUGAAUGAAGAGAACGGAAUUGUUAUUCCUGACAGCAUCCCCUCAUUACAACCGUCGCUACAAACACCGGUGAUGACGACACCAAAAACAUCAAGUGCUCACUCAAAAGAGUUCAGUCAAAUUCGUGAUUCCGAUAUUGUAUCGGAAAUGGAGCAACCGAUGCUUGCAGACCCCGGUUCACAUUCGCCGGCUCAAAACAACAGAUCACAUGUGGACCAGGCCCCAAAGAGUGUCGAACCCGAUCGGGUGGAUGUGGCUGCGGCUGUGAACGGGGCAAAGGUUGCACCAUCAGACAAAACUCAUUCGGAUCCACUACAGGAAUUCUAUCCGGACAAGUCUGGAGACUCUACCGUUCUUCCCACCACUCUGUCCGCAUUGGCCAAUUUGCAAAGUACAAAAAUUUCCCUCAAUGGCACUUCCGAACCGUUACGACCACGUCUGAAUGAAGAGGAGAAAAUCACGUGUCCCCAUGUAUAUCAAUCAGAGACCGGGAGUCCCAUACUUCAUCAUUCAGAGCCACCGGCUAGUCCCAUCGAUCGUGUGCAGUCUGAACCACCACCACACAGUCCGGUGAAAGAAGAAAUGUCCAUGAUGAUCCCCGCCCUUUCCGAGCCCGUUCAAAUAUUGCCGAAUAUGAAUACCUUCGCUAAUGUUGAGCCGGAAUCCAACGAGAUUCAACCACUCGAAGUGAUCGAAACAUCGAUCGCUGAAACAUUGGAACCCACGAUUGAACCUGUACCUAUAUUACUGGAGCCUCCUGUUUGGACUACUGGUCUUCAUCUGGACGACGUGUCGGCUAUUGAUUCUGAUCGAUCGGUACAAGUAUCACCAGUAUCGGCCGAUUUGGUUGUUAAGACACAAUCAAAAACUGUUUCCUCUGAAGGCCUAGAUGAGUCAGGCAUUCAAGUUCUCGCAUCUCCCACAGAACAUUCGCCAGACGUCACGCAUUCAUCUGAUUACCAACCGACCACAGCCCGACUAUCCGAUAUAAUGGGUGAAAAAGGAUCGGAGUUGGAGGAGUUGGAAUCGGCAGACGAAUUAAAGCCGACGGAAAAUCAAACGGAUUCGAUUCCUAUGGAGCCUGUUUCGGUCGCAUGUCCCGAACAAGAAGUUCAAGAAAUCAUUCCUGAUGUCCAUUCAGAGGAAACCAUAGCAGUGGUUCAUAGUACCAGUCCUUCGCCAGAUAAACAGUUAAGGGUUCGUUCAAUGGAUUCAGCGGAGCCAUCCAAUUUGGUUCGGGAAUCGCACACUGGUUCACUUCAACUACUUCCCAUCACUUGUACUACUGAAGAACUACCUUCUGUCGCAGAACCAACCGCAGAGUAUGUGGACCAAUGUGAUUCAGGAGUACCGGAAGAAACAAUAGAGCAGCCACACAUGGUUAUGGAAUUGGAAUUGAGUGAACCAUACCCGGUGCGAGUCCAACCAUCAGACAGCCUUACUGAGCGUCGCACUUCCUUCAGCCGAACCUAUCCGCCCCGACCGGAAAUCAAUGGUUCACAUCAGGCUAAUUCCAAAGCCCUGAUGUCUUCCAGUCAGGUCAACUCUUCCCAUCCACUCAGUCGGGCUGCCCAUUUGCGUGAGAGUGAUACUUCUCAGCCUCAGUCAGGCUCAUCCGGAUCUCGCAGUUCUCGGUUCUCAAUGAUUGAACUGUCGCAUGUCAAUGAACGUCCCCUUCACGCUAGCUGUUCAGCUCUUCCUCCCACGCCACAAGUCCAUAUGGGCGCCUGUUUCUCUCUGGUUUUUGAAGGUUGCCCUUUGAAAAUCAAUUCAACAGCAACUUGGAUCAAUCCGAUGAACAACGGUAUGGAUGAAUAUAAUUAUAAUUUUCCACCCCAACGCUCAUGUCAGGUCAUAUUGUUCGGUACAAACGAUGGAAUAUACUACUUGAAUCUAAAGGAUCUGGCUGACAGUUCACUGGAAUUGGUUUUAGUUCCGGAUAUGCCUUCUCCUCUCCUUACAUUCGAUCUGUUCAUCGUGAAGGAACGUCCACUCCCCCUGGUUUGUCUCGGUGUCUACCGGCAUCAUUCACGUCGUGGUCGAGAAAAUCAGCGCUAUCGAUUACACUUGGUUGAUUUGAACACAUGCGCGCCGUUCUCUCCCACCUCCGACAUGCUUAUGACUCCCGGACAGUCUGCUCUCACAGUAGAUCAUCAUCUUUCGGUAAACGACAAAUCGUGCAAAGUGAAUGGCGAGAAUGAAACCGAGCAACCUACCAACGGAAAGCUGAGCGGAAGCGAUUUGCGAAAAAUCAAACAGAAGGUUGAAUGUGAACGUCGCAACGCUCUUUUCUUACCCGAAGACAUGUUACCUGUUGUGGAGGCCGUGCAGCUGGAGCAUAAUACAAUCCUCGUCUGCUUACAAGACUGUGCCAAAGUAAUCAACUUGAGCGGACGAAUAAAAUCCAGUCGGCAUCGGGCAACAACUUUGGACUUUAACGGAAACAUGGCUGAGUCUGUCGUAUGUUUACGGGACAGUAUCCUGGUUUUUCAUCCCAACGGAUUGCUGGGCAAAAGCUUCACUGGCGAGGUGUUUUGUAUUGAUCCGAACUUGAUGAACCAAGCAGCCCGAUACCCGACAAAGCCGGGUCGGGGUUUGAUUGUGAAUACGUUAGCUAAUACAAUCUGA